CAACUCUCCCAUGGGGUGAAUUUUAUUAGAGGAGGCAAGAGGCUUUAGCACGGAUAGGCCUUGACCCUGUGAGAGCCAGGAACCCUGGUCUUUGGGUCUAGCCAGAGAAAAAAUGUUGUUGGCCUCAACUGAAGCUGCCUGUGAGGUGGCGACCUGGGGCAACAGUGUGGCAAGUGGCAAGGUUGCCCCUUAAUAGAUUGUCCAACGCAAAAGACGGCCUGGUGUGCUGGGAAGAUGAAAUAAAAAGGAAUAAGAAUACAGACAAGCAUGGAAAGUGAGGACACAGAGAAAAUACAAGAAAUGAAGACUGACCUGAACUUAUUAUUGGAGUGUCUAAAGUAUCAAAUGGACAACGCUUUAUCACAAAAAGAAGCUUUGGUCACUAUUUAUUCAAUUUGCCAACAAAACAGUGAUGCAAGUGUUUAUUUUCGGGAAAUUGGUGGUUUGAUGUUUAUAAAAAAUCUUGCAAAGUCAAGUAGGCACAGCAUGGUAAAAGAAGCAGCCUUAUUUACAUUAGGAGCUGUUGCAGAAAAAAAUGUUUACUGUCAGCAAAGUUUGUGUACUUCAGAGUUAUUUGAAGAAUUAACUUUCUUCUUAUCUAAUGAUGAUUCAAACACAAAUUUGAAAAGAAUGUCUGUCUAUGUUAUUUUGGUUCUGGUUUCAAAUAAUCGAAGUGGACAAACACUUGUGAGAGAAACGAGUUGUAUUACAGUUUUGUCACAGUUGUUCAGGACAGUUUUUUCAAACUAUGAGUUUGAUUUGUCAGAUAAAAAUGUUUUUGAGAAGUAUCAGUUGUGGUCUUCAGUAUGUAGUACUCUGUGUGUCUGUGUCAACAAUCCUCAAAAUGAUGAGAAUCAAAUGUUUUGCUGUUCACUUUUUCCACAUGCUAAUGAGUGGCUAAUAAAUUGCAUGAAACCUGAGAUAAUUCGCCCUAUUUGCUCAUUUAUUGGACUUACUCUUGCAAAUAACACAUAUGUUCAGAAAUACUUUAUAUCUGUGGGUGGACUGGAUAUAUUGUCUCAGGUUCUUGUACAACUGGAAUCUGAUUCACACAAGACUCCUUCCAGUGCUAAGCUUGCAGUAGUGGUAACAAAGACAAUGGAUGCGUGUAUUGCUGAUAAUCCUACUUUUGGGGUGGUAUUAUCCAAGUACUGCAUUGUUUCCAAACUUCUGGCACUGUUGCCUCAUGAAAGUCUGGAUUCAGGAGAAAAAUUUAGCAUCAUGCUUGCUCUUGGUCAUUGCACAGAGGAUUGUGAGGAAAAUCAGUAUGAUCUUUUUAAAAACAAUGGACUUCCACUCAUGAUACAAGCUUUAACUGAAUCUCAGAAUGAGGAACUAAACAAAGCUGCCACUUUUGUGCUUUACAACUGCAAAAAGAUUACUGAGAAAUUAUCUCUAAGUCUAGGAGAGUAUUCUUUUGAUGAAAACGAAGCAGAACAAUUAAAGGACAUAAAUGUAAAAGGAAAGAAUCUUGAAGAGUACUGGAAGAUAGCAAAGGAAAUCCUGCACAAAAUAGACCUGCUUGAAAAAGAAGAAAAUAAGGAAAAUAUACAAAGGGGAAAAUACAAGAAUAUUUCGUCCAUGAAAAUAAAUAUUCAGGAUACACUGAAACAUCUCCAUGCAGAUACUGUUGGAGGUACCACAGCAGAAGAUAAGGAUAAAAGCCAACCUAGAGAGCUCCAGAGCUCUGAGUCCCUUGGAGUCAUUUCGAAAGCUUGUGCAAGUGAUGACCAAACAAAGACCCUGUUAAAGAAUGCAGAUCCAGUUAAUGCACUCUAUACAGACAGUGGGCAAAAUAAAGCUUUGCAUAAAGCCACGUCAAGCUGCAAUCAAAACCUACAUGAAGAGACAAUUUUUAGCAAAAAGAAUUUUAUUUCUCAGUCAAGUGACCAUGCUUUUAAACAUCCAACUCACGUUGUGAAGAAUAGCAAGCAGCAGUUACCAGAAACAGUUUUUUCCCCAGAUCCAUUUACAUUAUGUUUGGACAUAAUAAAUAAAGAAAUUGUCAGUUUUCAAGCAACUGACAACUGUUCCAAAAUGUUGAAUUAUAGAUGCUCAGGUUGCAUAGCAGUAGGAAAACCCCUGAAUAGCCGAAAUUUUACCAAGCUCUUGCAUUCUUGCCCAUACCAAUGUGAUCGUCACAAAGUCAUUGUGGAAGCUGAAGACAGAUAUAAAAAUGAACUAAGGAAAUCACUUAUCUGUAGCAAAAAAAUCCUGCUGACCCCACGUAGAAGACAACUCAGUAUUAAAUAUACUAUACCUGGAGGAAUAAAAAAAAGAAGAACUCGUAAAAACUUUACUGAAGAAGAAGUAAAUUACCUUUUGCAUGGAGUUAAAAAAAUGGGAAACCAUUGGAAUUCAAUUUUGUGGUCUUUCCCCUUUCAGCAAGGACGGACGGCUGUGGAUCUUGCACACAAAUAUCACAAACUGGUCACACGCCCCAAGUGUGCAGUUCCUUGAUUGAAAAAGGCUAUCAGUUUUUAGUUUGAACUCUUAGAAAGACAGUGCCUUGAGUUGAGUGUGGUGGCCUGUAAUCCUCGCACUCUGGGAUGCUAAGGCAAGAGGACUGCAAGUUUGACCCCAGCCUGGGGAAUUUAGUGACUAAGAAAGACCUGUUUCAGAAUAUUUUUUUUUAAUUUUUUUAAAAGUCUGGGGAUGUAGCUCAGUGAACCUUGGGUUCAAGCUUCAGUAUCACAUGCACACACAAAAAUGCCUUGAAAGAUAUAAAAUGUUAAGUACGUAUGUAUUCUAAACCCUCAUGGGACAGUGAAUUUAGAAACAGGAAUAGUUUCAAUUAAACAAUUUUUUUUUGUCUGGUUCCAGGGAUUGAACUCUGGACCUUGCGCUUUCGAGGCAGGCGGUGGAACUACUGAGUUAAAUCCCUGGACCCGAAAUUAAUUUCUGUGACACUUGGAACUCUUCAAAUUAUUACAAUAACAUGAAGUAAUACACCUUGUGUAGAUUAGUAAGAUAAAAUUUCUCUGUAAGGCCAAACAUUUGUUUAGGAAUAUGCUUUUAUUCUUCCUUAAACUCUAAGAACACAUCUCAGAAGGAAAAAAACUUGUAUGUCUAAACUUUAUUUGGCAUUAUAUUGCAAUGAAUACUAUGUGAGACAUUUGGAUUUUAGUAUUUUUGCCUAGUGACAAAGUCCCUCCCCAGAACUCAGAAUUAGUUCCAAGCUGUUCAACUGAGAUAUCCACCCAGUAAAUCAAUGUUUGACAUUUUGUUAGUUAAAAUGUGUUCUAAAGGCUAGAUAAGUUGCUUUGAAUGUGCCCAUAUUAUAUGAUCAGUUUCCCUUCUUUUUGGUGUAAGCUUUAGUUUUUAAAUGUGUAUUACAUCUUUUAUCUUUCAUGCUGAUGACCUCUGGCUACUUCCUAUUGGAUCAGGACGGUGUCAUUUUCCCUUAUGAGCAUAGUCACAGACCACUGCACAUAUCUGUAAAAUGUGUCCAAAGAAAAAUGUGAUCCUUUAGAAAUGUGGCCUGCAUAUGGGGUCAGCUUCUUUGCCAGUCUAUAGACCAAUGAGAGUCUCUAGACCUAAGACACUUUGCAUUCUACAUGACCAUCUCACAGAUUAUAGCUAAUACACUUACAAGUCUUACCUUUAAUUUUUAUUUUCAAAUAAUUCCUAUCCUUAUUUUAUGGUUUUUGUUUGUUUUGCUAAACCCUACCACAGGGCUUUGGUAGUCCUUGUUAAAUUUCAUCUUGUUAGAGUUAGUCUAUGCUCAGUUUGCCAUACAGCCUUUCUGCUUCAGGUCAUCCGUAGCAUUUAUGAGUGAGCUGCCACACUCUCACCCAAUCACUGAUAGCACCCUGAGCUGGCCAGAGUCAGGCCCCUUAGCAGCUUCUUCUGGUAGUCCCUGCCACUUACCAGCCUCCUGGCCUGGUUUCUUAACAAGAUUCAAUCCAGCCUGCAUUUCACCUUUUUGUCUAUGUUGUGAGUUGCCAAAUGCCCUGUUGAAGUCUGCAUUUGCUGUCUGCAGCAGCCUCCUACCUGGUAUUCCUUCAAGCAAAGAAAGAUACUGUGUAAACCUGUUGCUAUCUUUUCCUUUCCAACUGGUCUUUUUUAAUUUUUUCCACCUAGUGCUUUUUAAGCUCAUCGACUUACACUUUUCAGCUCCAUCUUCUAUCCUAUGAAAGUUCACUAAUUGCCCUUUUAGGAUUUUCAACACUGCUUGCUCCCCCCAGACUUCUAACAUACUGAGUGUCUUAGUUACUUUCUCAUUGUGUGGGACAAAAUACCUGAUGUAUACAAGUUGAAGGAGGAAAGGUUUAUUUUAGCUCACAGUUUGUAGAGGCUAGCUCCAAGGCAGGGGGGCAUGGCAGUGGGGCAUCAUGGAGGAGAAACAGUCCUUGGCAAGGUAGACAGGAAGCAGCAGAGAGCCUGCCUUUUUAUAGUAUUUCAUCAAGGCUAUAAGCUUGGUGCCACCCACACCCAGGGUGGGGCUUUCCAUCUACAUCCAGAACUAUGCUAAACGAAUCCAGUUUUGCCCAUAAGCCAUAUUCACACACCCUAGAUCCAGUCACCUUUGAAAAGCCCCACCUAUGAGUGCAUGGGGCUUUGAGGAGACACCUAGAUACAAACUAUAAUAGUGGGUUUGCACUUACUGUCUUUCAUAAAACGUAUCCAAGUUGGCAAAUGACAUACCCAUUUGUUGGAUCCUGUAAAUAUGCUGCCAAAUUUUUGGCACAGCUAGAGCUAGCCUAUUCACCUGAAACCCAUUUAAGUGAUUGCUUUUCUGCCAUAUCUCAUUUCCUUGUGAUAUUUAACAAUGCCUUGUAAAGUUAGCCUGCUUCUAUAGAGAAUAGCCUUCAGUGGCCACACUUAAAGUUACCCUUGAUGAGUGCGAUGUGGUUUUUUUCUUUUUCUUAUUUUUUUUGGUAUUGGGGAUCAAA